AUGGGCUCAAUCGAAGAGACCAACGGCGCCAGCCAAAAGAAACCCAUUACAAUCUUCGGACCGGACUUCCCCUUCGCCUUCGACGACUGGCUGAAAAAUCCCGUGGGGCUUGGCCACAUUCCGCCCGAACAACAUGGCCAAGAAGUAGCAGUCAUCGGCGCCGGUAUGUCCGGCCUCGUCGCUGCGUACGAACUGAUGAAGUUGGGCCUCAAGCCCGUCGUCUACGAAGCGUCGAAACUCGGCGGUCGGCUCCGCUCGCAGGCGUUCAAUGGCACGGAUUCGGUGGUUGCGGAGUUGGGAGGGAUGAGGUUUCCGGUCUCCUCGACGGCUUUCUACCAUUAUGUCGAUAAGCUUGGACUGGAGACGAAAGCUUUUCCGAAUCCGCUCAGCUCGGCAUCGAAUAGCACUGUCAUUGAUCUGGAAGGGAAGACGUAUUAUGCCGAGAAGACGUCGGAUUUGCCGGCGCUGUUUCAUGAGGUGGCUGAUGCUUGGGCUGAUGCGCUGGAGCAUGGAGCGCAUUUUUCGGAGAUUCAGCAGGCGAUUCGGGAUCGGGAUGUGCAGCGUCUGAAGAAGCUUUGGGAUACGCUCGUGCCGCUGUGGGACGAUCGGACGUUUUAUGACUUUGUGGCGACGUCCAAGUCGUUUGCGAAGUUGAGUUUUCUGCAUCGAGAGGUCUUUGGACAGGUUGGAUUUGGUACUGGCGGGUGGGACUCCGACUUUCCCAACUCGAUGCUGGAGAUCUUUCGAGUGGUCAUGACGAAUUGCGAUGAGGACCAGCGGCUUGUCGUCGGCGGAGUGGAGCAGGUCCCGCAAGGAAUCUGGAGACAUGUGCCAGAGACAUGUGCUCACUGGAAAGCAGGCACUAGCCUCAGCUCUCUCCACGGCGGCGCACCACGAACCGGAGUCAAGCAGAUCGCUCACGCCGAAGACGGCAAUAUCACCGUCGUCGACAACUGGGGCGCCGCCCGCACCUACAAAGCCGUCCUCGUAACCUGCCAAUCCUGGCUCCUAACCACCAACAUCGACUGCGAAGAGUCCCUCUUCUCCCAAAAGCUCUGGAUGGCCCUCGACCGCACCCGCUACAUGCAAUCCUCCAAAACCUUCGUCAUGGUCGACCGGCCCUUCUGGAAAGACAAAGACCCGACAACCGGCCAAGACACCAUGAGCAUGACGCUCACGGACCGCCUCACGCGCAGCACGUACCUCUUCGACAACGGCGACGACAAGCCCGGCGUCAUCUGCCUCUCCUACUCGUGGAUGAGCGACGCCCUCAAAAUGCUCCCGCACAGCGUGGAGAAGCGCGUGCAGCUCGCCCUCAACGCCCUCGAGAAAAUCUACCCCAACGCCAACAUCGCCUCGCACAUCAUCGGCGAGCCCAUCACCGUCUCCUGGGAAGCCGAUCCGUAUUUUCUCGGAGCUUUCAAGGGCGCUUUGCCGGGUCACUAUCGCUAUAACCGUCGCAUGUACUCGCACUUCAUGCAGAAGGACUUCCCGGCGGAGCAGAAGGGGAUUUUCAUCGCAGGGGACGAUGUCAGUUGGACGCCGGCGUGGGUGGAGGGGGCGGUGCAGACGAGUUUGAAUGCGGUGUGGGGGAUUAUGAAUCAUUUUGGGGGGAGGACGUAUGAGGAGAAUCCCGGGCCGGGGGAUGUGUUUGAGGAGAUUGGGCCGUUGGCUUUGCCGGAGUAG